AUGAGUUCAGAAAAUGAGAGACUUCCAAGCUAUAUAAUAGAAGGUAGUGACAAGUCACUUAAAAAGUCAACACUAAUUUUAGAAGAACGUCUUUCCAUAUGUUUAUCAGUUGGCUCGGAAUGUAUACAAAAAACUGAAUUAAUGGAAUUAUUAAAGAGAAAAGAUCAUCCAAUAUGUUAUGAUGGUUUUGAACCCUCUGGUAGGAUGCAUAUUGCUCAAGGUAUAUUAAAAGCUAUUAAUGUAAAUAAGUUGACAUCUGCAGGUUGUAUAUUUGUAUUUUGGAUUGCUGAUUGGUUUGCACUUUUGAAUAAUAAGAUGGGUGGUGAUCUAGAGAAGAUACAAACUGUAGGGAAGUAUUUUAUUGAGGUUUGGAGGGCUGCUGGUAUGGAUAUGACUAAUGUGAGAUUUUUAUGGGCUUCUGAUGAGAUAAAUAAUAAUUCUUCAGCUUACUGGCUUAGAGUUAUAGAUAUAUCUAGAAAAUUCAAUAUAUCUAGGAUUAAAAGAUGUUGCCAAAUUAUGGGAAGGCAAGAAAGUGAUGAUCAACCUUGUGCAGCCGUAUUAUACCCAUGUAUGCAAUGUGCUGAUAUUUUUCACUUAAAAGCUGAUAUUUGCCAAUUAGGUAUGGAUCAAAGAAAGGUUAAUAUGCUUGCAAGAGAGUACUGUGAUACUGUUGGUAUUAAGGAGAAACCCAUAAUUUUAUCACAUGCAAUGUUACCUGGAUUAUUGGAGGGACAGGAAAAGAUGUCUAAAUCUAAUCCAUCAUCAGCUAUAUUCGUUGAAGAUUCACCAGAAGACAUUAAGAGGAAGAUAAAAAAAGCUUAUUGUCCACCUGGAGUUAUUGAGGGGAAUCCAUGUGUAACUUAUGUUGAUUCACUAGUUUUCAAUAAAUUUGGACACUUUAUUGUGCAUAGAAAACCUGAAUAUGGAGGUGAGAUUAUUUUUAAGACUGUAGAAGAAUUUCAUAAAGCUUAUGAAAGUGGAGAUUUACAUCCAGGUGAUCUUAAGAUGGCUCUUGUUGAUGCAAUAAAUUUAAUGUUACAGCCUAUUCGAGAUCACUUUGCAACUAAUCCUGAGGCAAAAAGUAUUUUAGAGCUUGUGAAAUCAUUUAAUAUAACUAGAUGA